AUGACUGGAAACGAUCUCGUGGAUGCCGUGGUAAGUGAUGAAAGUGAGGAUUCUGACUUCGAAGCCAUGGUUUCGGGGAUUACCGUCCAGGGCAAACCUGUUGUUGUGACUGAAAGCUGGGAGCAGAUGGCAGAUAUCGAUAGUGGUCGUAUGAUGACUGCCUGGGGUCAGUCCACCACUCCAGACACGUGUGACGAUCACCCACUAAGUGAAGGAUUUACUCUCGCACUCGAUGGCGCCCUUCUGUCGUCACCUAUCGACGCGAGAGCGAUGGCCUCAUUGGGGAUGGAGGCUCAGAUGCGCAUCGGCCCGUCACUCACAGAAACUAGUCCUCGCUUGUGUGCGGAAACAUCUCAGAGUGAAAAGCUGCUUGCGUACGCAGCGGAAUUAGGACCGGGCUCGAAGUGGUUGGUCGGACUUCAUUUCUUACCCUCCGACAAGUAUCUGAAGAGUGUCGAAGUCGCAAUGACUGUCAUGGCUUGGCCUCCACGCCUCAAACGCCCACCUGACGUCGGUCUCUGCCGGGUCGCAGAGCCGCUAGUGGAUUGGACGAUCGAUCUGUUUGAGACUGACCCAUUAGUCAAUCCGAGUAGCAAAUGGGACGAAUGCAGGAGAAUCAGCCUGUCUAACUGA